GCCUUCACCCCAGUCAUCACGAUGUUUGCGCUGUUUGUCGCGCGCCUAGAGACCCCCAACCGCCCCAUGAUCGCGUCCGUCCUCGUCAUCGCCGCGGGCACGGCGCUGGCGGCUUACGGGGAGGUCAACUUCAACGUCUUGGGGGUGGCGAUUAUGUUUGUGUCCGAGGCGGCCGAGGCUGUACGCUUAGUCAUGACGCAAUACCUUCUAGUCGGCUUGAAGAUGGGGCCGUUCGAGGGGGUGAUGUACCUCGCGCCCGCGUGCUUCGUUUGGCUGACGCUCGGUGCCGCGGCGCUGGAGUGGCCGGCGAUGCGCGCGGCCGGCGCGAUGAGCAUCGCGCGCGCCAACUGGGUGCUGUUUAUCGCGGCGGCGUGCAUGGGCUUUCUGAUCAACCUGCUGGCAUUCGCCACCAUCAAGCUGGCGAGCAGCCUGACGCUCAAGGUACUGGGGACGGUUAAGAACGCGCUGCUCAUCUUCGCCGCCAUGUUGCUCUGGGGGGAGGUGGUGACGGGGGUGCAGGCCUGGGGUUACGCUCUGUCAACGGUCGCAUUUGGGGUGUACACCUGGAUCAAGAUGAAGCAGAUAGCUGCGGGGUAA